UGCAUUGGGCGCAUGCGCAAUGCCACCUUACGUGGCAUCGGCAACAAUCACUAUUGCAGCGAAAUACAUUUUCUUCAUUUUACUGUAAACAGUUGUGGAAAUAUUCGCUUUUGUUAUGGUUCAAAUACGUACAAUGACACAACGAAAUACUCAGUUUGAACCAUCAACAAACAAUCCACACAUGAUGCCAUCGUCAACCGGUCAAAACAAUAUAGUUAAUCAAAUCUCCAACAUGUCCUUGGGAGAUCAACAAAGACCACCGUCUGCAAAUUUUCCUCCGCCACCUUUACCUGGGAAAAGUAGUCCACCGAUGUCUAUACCUGCAAAUAUCAAUAGAUUUAACAAUGCUCUAGAUACAUCAACGCCUGGAGCUGCAGGGCCUAUUGGACAAACUGAUCCUGGUGGAAACCCUGUAUCAACGAUUUCUGGGCAAGAUCUACAGCUGAAAGCAGGUUUAAAAAAUCCUUCCACAUUUCAGUCUGGUUUCCCUUUCUCUGGACAUUCUAUGGAAUCUAAUCUCGGACAAUACUAUCCCGGCCAAAAUGCAUCGCCUGAACAAGGAUUUAACGCAAGAUUACCUAAUCAAAGUGGUCAAAGAAACGUCGUUGACGCAGCCCCUGGACAACCGAAUUUCCCAAGACCACCACCAACGGGACAGAAAUCGGUUCCACCUUUGCCAAGCCAGCCGAGCAUGCCUAAUCUGCCGAUGCAGGCACCGCCACCGAGCUCUAAUUCGCCUUUGCCAAGGCACCAAAAUCUGCCUACCCCGUUAAUGCCGCUUCAACCACAUUUAUCUGGACCUCCAUUACCGAAUCAACAAAAUCAAAAUAAUGCAGCUCCGCAAGGAGUACACGGGCAACAGACUCUAUCUGGACCGCCUCCGAUAUCCAAGCAGAAUUUAUCGCAGAACUUAGCUCAGUCGAAUUUGCCUGCUCAUCUCUCAGGGCCUCCUUUACCUGGACAACAGUACCCACCGAUGCAGGGCCAGCAGAGACCCGGUCAGUCCUAUUCAGACUACUCGAACGUGACGUCGUACAAUUUACAUGGCCAAUCCAAUCUCCCUGGUCCUCCUUUGAUGGGUCAACAAUCCAUGCCCCCGCCUCCGAUGUCCAGCCAACAAAAUCUGCCCCCGCCUCCGUUGUCGAGUCAACAGAACAUUGCUCCGCCUCUGAUGUCAAGUCAACAAAAUAUUCCUCCGCCGCCAAUCUCGAGUCAGCAAAACAUUGGUCCGCCGCCAAUGUCGGGACAACAAAACAUAGCACCACCACCACUACCAGGUCAACAAAAUUUUAAUAGACAUCCGUACAUGGGACAACAAAAUUUACCGGAUCCGCAAGGUCCACCCCCAUUACCCGGUCAACCUAUGGGACACAUGAUGAAUACCGCUUCGAAUUUACCACCGUCAGGUCAGAGACAAUACACAACUGGUCCUCCCAUGCAGGGACAACCUAUGGUACCUCCUUUAGGGCUUAAUCGUUCUGUACCCGGUGCAAUGGCUGGUUACCAACCUACUGGAUACCAAGGCUAUAAUAAUGAUAUGUACAGCGCUCAAAGAGCAUCAUAUCAAGGUGGUAUACCAGGCGCGCCUGGAGGAUACCAGGCCGAAGAUGUUCCAACACAACAAGCUAGACGCUUGGAUCCUGACAACAUGCCAAGCCCGAUUCAAGUGAUAGAAGAUGAUCAACAUGUCAGGGGAGGUGUAUUCGUAACAAAUCAAAGGGGAUUGAUUCCACCAUUAGUAACUACCAAGUUCGUGACGCAGGAUCAGGGAAACGCCUCUCCUAGAUAUAUUAGGUCCACUAUGUACACUGUUCCUACAACUGCAGAUAUUAUAAAACAAACGAAUGUUCCGUUUGGUCUAAUAAUAAGUCCAAUGGCUCGUAUAGCGGAAGGAGAGUAUGAACCGCCUAUUGUAGAUAUGGGAGAGAAUGGUCCAGUUCGUUGCGUGCGAUGCAAAGCCUAUAUGAGCCCGUUUAUGAACUUCAUCGAUGCGGGAAGAAGAUUUCAAUGCAUGUUUUGUAAAGCAACCACUGAAGUUCCAGCCGAAUAUUUCCAACAUUUAGAUCAUACCGGUCAACGCAUGGAUCGUUACGAAAGACCCGAGUUAACUUUGGGAACGUACGAGUACCUUGCUACAAAAGAGUACUGCAAAAACGAUACUUUCCCCAAACCACCAGCCCUUGUGUUCGUGAUCGACGUGUCAUACAACACAGUCAAGUCUGGCUUAGUCAAUUUACUUUGCGCGAAGAUGAAAUCAAUUCUGCGAAAUCUGCCGGUCGACAUCGGCCAAGCGAAGUCGAACAUGAAAGUAGGAUUUAUAACGUACAAUAAUACAGUACACUUUUACAAUGUGAACUCGUGCCUCGCGCAACCGCAAAUGAUGGUCGUCGGAGACAUACAAGACGUGUUUAUGCCGCUUCUGGACGGGUUCCUGUGCGACGUCGAGGAAAGCGAAGCAGUUAUAGACAGUUUAAUGACGCAGAUACCGGCAAUGUUCGCGGACACUCGUGAAACAGAAACUAUUCUUGCGCCUGCGAUACAAGCUGGGCUGGAAGCGUUGAAGGCUUCGGACUGUGCUGGUAAAUUACUGGUUUUCCACUCUUCUUUGCCAAUCGCCGAUGCUCCUGGAAAAUUAAAAAAUCGUGACGAUCGUAAAGUGCUUGGAACGGAGAAAGAAAAAACGGUAUUAGCUCCGCAGAAUAACGUUUAUAAUAACUUAGGACAAGACUGUGAAAGUGCAGGAUGUUCUGUAGAUUUGUUCGUUUUCAAUAAUUCAUACGUGGAUAUUGCGACGAUAAGCCAGGUUGCCAGAUUAACCGGUGGAGAGGUUAACAAGUACACCUACUUCCAGGCCGACAUAGAUGGGGAUCGUUUAAUCGCGGACGUUAUUAACAAUAUUAGCAGACCAAUCGCGUUUAACGCGACCAUGCGUGUACGCACAUCUACCGGUGUUCGAGCAACCGAUUUCUUCGGGCAUUUCUUCAUGUCGAAUACUACAGAGAUAGAAUUAGCUAGUAUAGAUUGCAAUAAGGCAAUCGCUGUAGAAGUGAAACACGAUGACAAAUUGACGGAUGACGAAGGUGUAUAUAUUCAAGCGGCUUUGUUGUAUACUUCUUGCAGCGGAAUCAGAAGAUUGCGUAUCAUUAAUCUUAGUUUAAAGACAUCGUCUCAAAUAGCUGAAUUGUACCGUGUGUGUGACCUAGACGCCAUUUUAAAUUUCUUCGCCAAGCAAAGUGUUUUCAAAUUGAUCGAAUCGACUCCGAAAACUGUAAAAGAAAAUUUGGUCGCGAGAUGCGCGAACAUGUUAGCUGCAUACCGGAAGCACUGUGCUUCCCCAUCAAGUGCUGGUCAAUUAAUAUUACCGGAAUGCAUGAAAUUGCUUCCGCUUUAUACAAAUGCAUUAUUGAAGAGCGACGCGUUAUCUGGAGGAGCUGAUAUGACUAUUGACGACAGAUCUUUCGUUAUGCAAACUGUUGCUACAAUGCCUAUCUCAAUAUCAGUUGUGUACAUUUACCCAAGAUUACUACCCCUACAUAACGUUGAUCCUCAAGACACAGAGUUGCCACAGUUGCUACGCUGUUCCAUCGACAAGUUUACCGAUGAUGGCGCAUUUUUACUUGAAAACGGUAUACAUAUGUUCUUAUGGCUGGGCCUCGCACUUUCUCCACAAUGGGUACAGGCAGUGUUCGGAGUUCCAUCGGUGGUCCAAGUCGACACGGAUCGUACUUUACUGCCAAUGUUAGACACUCCAUUAAAUAAACGAAUAACAGAUAUUAUCGACCGUGUGCGCAUGGAGAGGCAUCGUUGUAUGAGGCUAACCGUAGUGAGACAGCGUGAGAAACUCGAGAUGGUGUUACGUCACUUCUUGAUCGAAGACAGAGGAACGGACGGAAGUCCCAGCUACGUUGACUUCCUUUGCCAUAUGCACAAAGAGAUAAGAACACUCCUUAGCCAAUAAAACAAAUCUCAAACGAAUCAGUUAUAUUCUGUUGGAAAAAUAUCUAGUUUGCUACAUGUCCAUGGUUGAUCGGCCACGUUAUGCCAAGGAUCAGAUUAGAUUAUUUAACUGAGAGUUUGCCGAGGGAACUCUAUGGGAAACAUGGAUCGUGCACGCAGUGACGCGCACACUGAAAGGAAAGAUGGAGGAUGUGAAAUAAAACUAACGUACAUUUAUAAUAUAAUACCUA